UGUUCUCUCCACUGUUUUGUGUGGCGCGGUGGUGCUCCAACCAAUCUCUCCAUCCAUCCUCCCAUGCCAUCCAAUCCAUUCACAGUUUCAUCUUGAUUGAGGCGACGGCACUCAGCAGCACCCUGGUUGUGCGUUUUGCCGAGGGCUCUUGACAUACCUCACACAUACACCACACACCACACACACCACACAUACACCACACACACAUACACACAUACACACACAUACACACACCCGCGAGACAAUGAGGCGAAACGCCAGUGUUGUGGCUGUUGUGGCUGUCAUGGCUGUUUUGGCUGUUUUGGCUGUUUUUGCGACGAGCGCCGUGGCUAGCUUGGCUCAGAGUCAGCAACAAGAACAGCAACAGCAGCAGACAUGCCCACACCCGUGCAACUUGCAGACGCACUACAUGCCACGGCCAUGCGAAUGCAGGCCGCUGACCACGUGCAAGGGCGCAAAGGUGGAGAUCAUGCCACCCACGGCCACGAGCGAUCGCAAGUGUGGCCUGGCCGCUGAAAUCGACUGCGCCAUAGACGGUGACUGGCUGCUGCCAGAUGCGCGACAGCUGUUCACAACCCGCAACAGCACCGGCCCUGCGUCGAAGGAUGGCAUCCGCACAUACACCUCGCUCGAUGGCCGCUUUGUUCUCAUCAUGCUGCGCCCAACGGAGCUGUACUCCUGGAUGGAGGACAUCCUGAGCUCCGUCACCGACCUCGUGCCGGCAUGGUACCUGCUUGAGCCCGCAGCAAAGCGCAUCCACGCCGGAUGGCCUGCCGCCGCAUCCGCGGACGGCCCGAUCGUGGCCAAGACGCCGGCGCAGAUGCCGCACGGGCCCGCCACCGUCCUGUUUUACGAGGACGACCUGUCCAGCGACGACGACUACUACUUUGACAGCGAGGAAGACACGGACCGUGAGGCCAACAAUGCAGGCGCGCCCUUGCAGGAGGCUCCGCGCCACCGCCGUGACAUGGACACGGUUUCAAACUCCACAGCGCCCACGCCGAAGACAGCGCACAACAACACCACCAGCACCGUCGCUCCCGUCUCCACCACCGCGGCCAACAGCAGCACCGUCCACCACAAUAGCACCAUGCCUGCCCCAAUCACGACGGCCGCAAACGUCACCACGACCGCCAAUGCAACCACCACAACCACCACAACCACCACCACAACCACCCAUGCACCCACCAACUCCAGCAGUACCACGACGACAACAACGACAGCCACGACGACAACAAAGACAAAACCAACCACGAGCGCUGCCCCAUCAUCCUCAUCCUCCUCAUCGUCAAGCAGCAGUUCCACGUCGAGUAGCUCGAGCACGUCCACGCUCAGCAGCACGACGUGGACGUGGACACAGGCCGGCGGCACUGUUGCCGACGCGGCACUGGACCCCUCCACGCGUGCCACGUGCGUGGCCGCCUGUCGUGAGACAGACCCGUGCUGCUUCCUCUCCCGCAACGCGGACGGCAUGCGUUGGCUCGCUGCCCCGCUGGAAGACGUGCGCUCGUGCCUUGCAUCCGUCACCAUUGAUGGCGUGCGCAUGCGAUCCACCCUCGAGACCCUGCGCAAUGGCGCAGCAGAGUACUAUUCGUUUGCGGACAUUGCGUCCGACAGCACGGCUGGGUCGGAUUCGCUUGGCGAGAGCCUGGAGAACUGUGGCUUUGACGUGCACGAGAUGCAAGUGGACAUUGUUGGGCGCCUGGAUGAGAAGCUGAAGGAGCUGGACAGCCAGGCCGAUGUGGACGGAAACGCCCGCGUGACAAAGGCCGAGCUGCUGGGCGUGCGCGACAACGCAGCCGACUUCCACUUUGAGGUUGCGAACGAGUUCACGCGGCUGUACGAUGCGCACACCAUGUACUACCUCCCAACACCGUUCUACGGGUUCUACGUCGACAUGGGCUUCUACAUUGCGCUUGACGAGCGGCCCGACCACGCCAGCGGCGUGUGCGCGCGCGUGUGCAUCAAAGAUGCGGGCGUCUUCAGCAACAACUGCACACUCGCAGACGGUUGUGUCAAGGCCAUCAAUGACCAGGACCCCUUGCAGUGGCUCGGGGAUCUCGCCGGCAAUCUUGGGCUGUACAAGAGCCGCAGUGUGCGCAUCAACAGCCUGCUGCAGGAGCUUGACAACCAGCUGCUGUGGCAGUACGCGUACGGGGCGCAGUGGGGCCACCGCUGGCUGGACGACGGCGUGCGCUUUGCAAUGGAGGGCAAGGACGCGGACACGCUUGUUGCUCAACCACAGGCGCUCGUUCCCGGCCACCUGACCCGCGUGCAGCUGCAGGCGCAGCUUGACCGUGGGUACGAUGGCCGGGGUGUGAUUGCCACCACGCCCGCCGUGUCCAGGAGCCAGCGCCGGCGCCGCAGCGAUGAGGAUGGGGAUGCACUCGACGCUGCCGUGCAGGCCAUCCACGCCGCAGCUCUGCCCUACCCGGACGGUGUUGGUGGUGGUGGUGGUGCUGCUGCUGCUGCCGCCGCCGCUGUUGCUGGCAGCGAUGGUGCUGGUGCUGCGUGGGAGGGAGCGCGUGCCAGGGGUAAGGGCCAGCCGUUCAAGCACCGCCGCCACCCGUUCCCAACGCCGUUCACGCCACCGGACGAGGUCACCUACACUCCCGAUGACGACAACACGCAGGCCACCAGCCCAUUUGAUGAUGCUGAUGACGCGGGGGUAGGUACAGGUGCUGGAAACGGCACUGCCUCCACGCCGUGGGAGGUGAUUGCCAACACCACCGUGUCCGGGUUUUUGGAGGGGCGUGUCAUCAACGGCUCGGAGGGGCCUGCCAUGGUGCUGAAGAUCUUCAGCUUUGCGUCAGACUACCUUGACUAUUCGGGCCACAUUGCCGCAUUUGAUCGCGUCACCGCCACUAUGACUGCCGAGGCGCAGCGCCGCGGCAUCAACCGCUUGGUCGUCGAUGUUUCGACCAAUGGCGGCGGCUAUGUCGCUCUCUUGUGGUAUGCGCUUCAGGUUAUCCUUGGUCCACGCAACUGGAAGGACUCGGAGGAGUUGUGCGAGGGUGUGAACGUCCGACUGAGCGAUACGGCACGCGCCUGGCUGCAGGUUGCGUCACGCGAGCCCAAGGAGCUUAUUCCCGAACUGGGCCGCCUGCCCACGUGGGAGGACCUCAUCAUGCGCGUGAGCGAGACGGCGGAUGCGUUCGCCGCCAUUGACCCGUCGCUGCUGCCCACCCCGGACACGUCACCGCUGUGCACGGUGUUCGACUGCAGUGCGCUGCAGCUUGCGGGCCGGGUGGACGACACCGUCUCGCGGCGGGAGUUUGCCGAGUUUGUGCGCACGGCGCUCGUGUCCACGGCGUUCCUUGAUCGCCAGUACCAGCAGCUCCUCGGCCCAUUCCCAGCCCCGUUCUCAGACCUGCGCGCCCGCGUGCUGUUGGCGACAGAGGUGGUGCGGGACUGGGGCGCUCGCGCAAGCAACUACAGUGCCACGCACACGCUCGAGUGCUACCACAUCUGCGAGAGCAGCCCAUCAGGCAGCGACGAUGAUGACACAGGCGGCGACUAUACUGAUGACGACGACAUGUAUUACGGCGACGACGAUGAUGGCUCCUCUGUGGACGACUGCCCUGCAUCUGUGCUGGCGUUCUCGUCCCAGUUUACAGAUGUGUCGCUGCUGACAGACGGCACGUGUGGUAGCGCCUGCUCUGCGUUCAGCACGGCCAUGCUCUUCUCUGGAAACGUUACCGUUUUUCCUACGGCGGUGAACCCGGCUCUGGCAUGGACAUCUCGUCGUUCUGUGGCGGCAAUGUGGAGGAGUGGGAUGGCAUCUGGCCCGACCUGUCACGUCAGCUUCGCAUCAAGGCGUUCCUGUCCAACUUCAGCGCGUGGCCGGAGCAAGGUCUGGAGCGCGUGGCACCUGCACUGCACCUGCCAACGCCGGCCGGCGCACGCUUCAACUUCCACCAGCUGUUCUACCGGCACCUGGGCGAGAACUCGCUCCCACGGGAGUGGUACAACCUGCCAGCGCACCGCCAGUUCCCCGUGUGGAUGGGGGUGCCCGAGUCGCACCCACGUCGCCUGGGCGACCUGUACACGCGCAUUGCCUCCACCACGUGGCGCGAGGUGAGGGAGAACCCACAGUUCUACCCGGCCGAGUGCACGCAGCCCUUCCCGCGCGACAGGCAGCCGGUCAAUUCGUGGGAGUUCAGCACAACGUGGUCGUCGUCCACCACGUCCACGUCGUGGUGGGUGUCGUCCACGAGCGGGCCCGACGCGGGUGGCUCGAAGAAGGAUGCCCGGCUGGUGUACCUUCCCAUUAUCGCGGCCGUCUGCGGUGCGGUGGUGGCGGUGGUGGCCAUGACGCUCCUUCGCCGCGUCCGCUCUCGCCGCACCGUUCCUUACCGCCAGCACUCGAACAUCUUUGAGCAUGAGUUUGAGAGCGACGGCCCGCUGGACGGCGACUCUGUGGGCCAAACGAGCAGCCGCAGUACGUCCACGGGCACUGGCCGUGCAUGCAAUGGCGGCGGCGGCCACGACGAC